GGAGCCGAACAAUACUUUACAAUAAGACUAAAUUUUUUUAAAGUUACCGCCUACAUUUCCUUCAUAAUGUAGUCCAUCAAACUGGAAUAACUAUUCGACCGUCGGACAUUUGUUCGUUUGUUUCCGUCUUCUGACGUGGUUUGUGGCAGAGGAUUGACCCUGACUUCGCAAGCAGGAACCUGCUUCCGCCUCUGUUGGAUCCAGCCAAGGGAUCCGCGCUCCACCUUGAAGCGCGGAGGGCGGCGGCGUUGCGAUCAAAAGCCGGGCGAAAGUUGAAGCUCUACCCUGCGGGAGGAGUAAGGGAGCGCACCGCCGCCCAAACCAGUAUUGGGCUGGCAAAGGAGGAAGUGGAGGGAGCCGUAUCGGACAGGUGGGCGAGAGAAAGAAAAAAAGAGAGCUGGUUCUCCCAGCUGGAUCCGAAGCUUCGUGUGGGAGCCGCUCCGGGGAGCCGGGAUCGUCGAGGCGGAGGAGUAUACCUUUACCUGAAGAUUUUAAGAAAUUGUGAAAGCCUGGAAUAAGAAAUCAUUUGUAUUGCCAAUGUGUGAAGCAGGCCUAAUGCAUAACAAACUGUGUGAUGCCUUAGAAGGUGAAGAUGACAUGAUAUAUGGAGAUCUGGGAAAUGGAUUUAAAAAACAUAAUGGUAUUUAUGAAUCAGAAGGCUUCCACAAAUACACAGUUAGGUCUAGAAGUGGUUCUGCAAGGAAGAGUUUGCCAAGUGAUGGAGAAGAAUACGAUGCAGUUUUUUUUCAUUGCUCAAAAUGUAACAGUUUGAAUGAUGUGCCAGUCAAAAAAAUUGGAAGGAAUGGAUUUGCUCCCUGCAAACAACAAGCCAGUUCUGAGUUCAAUUCUGAGGCAUCAAAUGAAGAAUUAAAACAACGUCUCCAAGAAAUUUUAGAGGAAGUAGAAAUUUUAAAAGUGGAAUUGGAAGCAUCUCAAAGACAACUUGAAGGCAAAGAACAAGCUUUAAAAAUUCUGCAGAGCAUGGCUGUUUUGGACAAAGCUACCACUCAUACUAAAGCAGUAUUUAUAAAAUCAGAGCAACAAAGGCGAGCCUUAGAAAAGGAAAUAAAUGUUCUGCAGUGGGAGAUCAAAAUUAAUCAGGAGAAAUUAAAAAAUAUAGAUGAGACCUGGGCAGAGAAAUAUGAAAGAAUUUAUUGUGAAAAUGCUGCUUUUAAAGAAACGCUUAAAAUGAAAACCGAGGAAAUUAAACUACUGAAGUCUGAAAAUCAACUUUUAGAGCAACAGCAUUUGGAGAUGGUGGCAAUGCUUGAUGUAAAACAGCAGAAGUUUGUUCAGGAUAAUUUAUCUCUUAGCAAGACUGGUGUUACUGAAGUUACAAGUCUAGAAUUGGCAGUUCUUGGAGCCUGUGCUUGCAAUGGCCCUGAAGGAGAACCCUGUGCCUGUGCCAAGAUGUCAGCAGCAACUCGAAAGCAACUUCUUCAACUCAAGCAAGAGUUUGAAGUUCUGAAGAAGAGUAAAGAAGAAGCUUAUAUAAUGGCAGAUGCCUUCAGAAUAGCUUUUGAACAGCAGCUGAUGCGGAGGAAGGACCAGGCUUUCAGGCUUGCACAAAUGAGUAAGAUCUGCAGAAAAGAAACUAAAACAGUAAAGUGGAAAAGCAGCAAAGAAGAUGAAAAAAGAAAAAGCUUGGGAGCAAAGUUGAUGGGCAUGCUUCCUUCCGGCCCUGAGAGUAAGAAAGUAGAAGAACUGGAUAAUCCACUGGAGAUCAUUAGGACACUAACAGACCUGCUGAACGAUAAGGAGGAGAUGUUGGCUCAUCAAAGGAAGGUUAGUUAUAUGCUUGCUCGAACACUGGAAGAUAAAGAAAAUGCUUUGCAGCAAAGGAAAGAAAGUACAUUUUCAGAGGAAAAGGUUACUUUUAAGAACAGUCAGUACAAAAAAGAAUUAAAACCCCAAGAAUGGAUUUUUCCUGAACGUUCGUGUUGUCAGGAUGGCUUUUCUUCCACUCCCAAUACAAACCCCAGCAGAAUGUCAACUUCUUGUUCCACAGGAUCUAAAGAAAAUUAACAUCACAACUUCAAAGAGACAGUGAAUAUGAAAUAAUAUAUUGCUUGUUAGGAAAAUGUAGAUCUGUGUGUAAAAAAUGACAACUUCCGUAACAUUUUGUUUCAUAAUUUAGGACCCUUAAACUCUGUCUGUGCUCCAUUGAACAUAAAGAACUUUUAAAGGAGCACCUUUAAAAGACUCCUUCAUAAUUUCCAUAUCAGAGACACAGAUAAACACAAAUGCAAAAGCUGCUUAUUGAUGGAAAGCAGAAAGAAGAGCUGAAAAUAUGCAAGGGCUUAUAUAUUUGUGGAAUACCUGCAGUGAACUAUAAUUCAACCUUAAUUCAGGAAAUUUUACCAUUUAGGUAAUUUACAAUUUCUUUGCUGAAAAUAAGUAAACGUAUAAUUUAUUGUUGAUGGAGUGUAUUCAGCAGUUUUCCUCUGUGAACAGAAGGCCUUAUUACAUUCUUCUAAAGAUUUCUUCCAGUUUCUGAUCUCACAGAAUGCUUUGCUAGCAGAACCUACUAAUCCCCCUUCUGCAUAAUUCUAUCACUCUCCUGCUGCUGUUUUCUGAAAAUGUUCUCCAUUUUAAAUUCCCUUUUCUUCUCUUUUCUAAGCUGGCCUUUUAAUUUAGUUCGCUGUCAAGAUUGUUUCCGUAGGAUAGAAAACAUUUUUUAUUCAUUUGUUCAGUGUUUUGCAUGCUAUUUACUUUUCAGCAGAGAACAUUUUCUUUUUUUAAGACCUUUUUUUUAAUUAGCUUCUUUUAUCAAUGCUCUUCCUCACCGGUGGAGCACUAGAAAGAAGUUUUGCCUAAAUCAAAGCUCCUUUAUUCCCUCUUAAAUUGUCUCUCCUUGCUAUUUUGUAGCAUGAAAAUGAUACCUUUCACUUUCCAGAUGCAGUUAGACUUCAAGUCCUGUCAACUUCAGACACCACAGACUAUAUUUGUAUGUGAUGAAAAUUAAGGGUUUCAGCUUCUCACAUUUUGAUAUAUUUUAUAGCUCAGGUUCCUUUUUAAGUAUGAUGGAACAUCUUAGGAUUUGCUUUAAAAUCCAAACAUUUACUAAUUUCUCGGCAGCAUUGAAUGAUUGCUGAAAUGUGUUUUCCAUGGAUAAAUGUCUGGUUUAUUGAUUUCCAUUUCUUCUGGACCACAUUUUCAUGGGGCACAGAUAGGAAAAAUUGGUAUCAUGUAUCAUCCUCUGUUUGUGUAGAUUGAUCAAAAUGAGGACAUAAUAGGAUUCAACCAGAUCUUCAUAAAAAAUCAACUGCCUUAUGUAUGUAUAUAUUUGAAAGAAUGAUUUCAUGAUCAAACAAAACCUGUUGUCUUAGGAAAUGGGAAGUCUUUUGUACAUUGAUCUACAUUGGUAGAAAAUAUUAACCUGUAGGUUUGUUGGAUUAGAACUACAUAUGUAUAAAAACACUGCAUGUGACCAUUUCUUCAGCAGAUCUCCAUAUCAGAAAAUUGAAAAACAAUUGUAACUACCUUAUACAUGUGUGCACAAUAUAAAUUAGUGUUGGGUCCACACUGACUCUUAAGUGCAUUCAGGCAAAUACUGCAUGUACUGAUAUAAGCGAUUAGGUAAUAUGAUGUAAAGUUUCUUUUGCUGAGAAUAUCAAAUUUAUGGAAAAACAGUUCUAUAUUUUUUAAGUGACUAGGUUCACAUAUCAUAUUAAGUUAGGUUUCCCUUUAGACAUCUUUUAGUCCACAGUUUACAAGUCAUAAUAAGGGUUCACAUAACAUACUAAGCUACUGCCAAUUCACCUCAAACAGAUAUAUAAACCCAGCCUUUUUUUAAUCAUCACUUUUUUUAUUUGAAAGUCUUGCCUUUGAAUAAUUAUGUUGUAUGUGUAUGUUGUCACAAUAAUUUGAUUGAAUCUCUAUUGUAAUGCUUCUUAUAUUUUCUAUAAUUUGAGCAACUAUAAAUAUAACAUUAUAUAAUUUCCCCCAAAAUCUGUAAGAUAAGCUAUUAGAAUGUUUUUGGAACAGUUACCAUAUCUGAAAAUUUUAGAUUGUAUUAUGGGAAUUCUUAUAAAUUGUCAGUCUAGUGGCUUGCCCAUUCACAAAAUAUUUUCCUUGGCAAGCAUGACCAAAAUUAAAUUUUGAGAGACUAUUUCCUGCAUAUCUUUUAUGAUACUUCCUGUAGCCCUGAAGGUAUUCACCUCAUCUCACUCUUCAAACUAUUUCAGAAUAAAAUGCAGGGACAAAGCAAUUAACAUUUUAACUGUCAGUGAAAAAAAUCCUGAAAAUGUUAUCUUUAGUGUAGCACAAUAUACCUCAGCUUUCAAUCCAAUGGUAACUGAAGGGACAUCUGAAUUGUAAAGUUCCUUUUAGAUAUAACAUUCAGAUCAAACCCAGCAUUGGAAGAGUAAUGAUCUGACUUCACUGAGACUAGUGUUUCUAGACCAGGGGUCUCCAACCUUGGUCCCUUUAAGACUUGUGGACUUCAAUCCCAGAGCAAAGUUGGCUGAGGAACUCUGGGAGUUGAAGUCCACAAGUCUUAAAGGGACCAAGCUUGGAGAUCCCUGUUCUAGACUAAUAACGUUUUGGGCCUCUCUCUGUUAAUUGCAUCAUAUCUGAGAACAGAUGUUUAUCUGUAGCCUUUUCUAUUGAAAAAGCAGUAAAUUCCCAGGUAAAGACUAUUUCUUGGACAAAUGGUUCCUUUUGUCCUGAAGAAAAUCUAAAUAUAUGCCCACAGUUGUGAGUUCACACAUUACUUUAACAACAUUAACUUUUGAAGUUUGAACUUUAGUAAUACAUUUGUUAUCUCUAAGUGAAUAUUAUUUAGGUCUCUGAUUAGUGAACUUCUGAAAUACUGACUACAGUAUUAUAUUUUUAUCUGAACUACAGACAUUUCAGCUUGAGUUGUGUAAUUAAUAUGACUCUGAUAAUUAUCUGCAUAUUUUAAAAGGCAAUAUUAAUCAAAAACAUUAGAAAUGAUGUGUAUAGUAAUAAAAAGUUUCUUGUG